ACUUAUAAACCUACGAUUUUUAAAUAUUGUUAAAUAAAGUUUUCUCACAAUGGGUUGCGACGGUGGUACAAUCCCUCGACGAUGUGAACUCGUUAGGAUGAAGAAGAAGCCAGAACAGAAAGAUAAAGAUGCAGAACGGUCAUUCAAGUGGCGUAACUGCGCUCUGUCCCAGCAACCUUUGCAAGAGCCUGUGGUGGCCUGUGGCCUCGGUAGGCUGUACAGCAAGAAUUCUGUGCUAGAGGUGCUGCUGGACGGGGAAACUAAGCCAGACUUCAUUAGCCACAUCGAAAGUUUAGAGGACAUCAAAGACUUAAAGCUGGUGAAAAACCCCGCAUAUACAGCUGCGGAUCACACCCAUGGUGACGUGGGUGCAGGCAAUGUCCCCUACAUCUGCCCCGUCAGUGGACUGGAGAUGUCCGGCAAGUUCCGCUUUGUGAUCCUCUGGAACUGCGGGUGUGUCCUCGCAGAGAGGGCACUUAAAGAAGUCAGACAGAAUCUCUGUCACAUGUGUCAGCAACCAUUCACAGACAAUGAUGUAGUACCACUUAAUGGAACUGAUGAUGACAUAAAAAAAUUAAAAGAAAAAAUGGCUCUCAGAGUUGCUAGCAGAGAAAGAUCUAAAGAAACAAAGACUGAAACAACAUUGAAGACAAAAGUUAAGCUUGAGCCGUUGACUCCCAGACCAUCCACAUCUAAAAAAGUUUCCACAGAUGUAAUAAAACCAGAGAAUGGCAUAAAAAAAAGUGAAUCAGGCCCUAGCUCGAGGACAGCAGAGAAAAAAGAAAAAAUAAAAACAAUACCAUUGUCUCUGCCCAGGUAUAAUCCUAACCAGUAUGCAAGGGGACAUUUUGGAUCUAGAAAGCGUGCCCACCCCACAGAACUAGCCCAAGACCCAUCAUAUAAGAAAACCAAGAAAGAGUACAGUGUAGCUAAGGACCCUCAAAACAGUGAAGUGUUCAAGUCAUUAUUCACUUCACACCAAAGUAAUAAAAACCAGCAGAGGGCUCAUUGGGUCACUUAUAAUCCUUUCUAUAAUUAAUAAAUUGUAGUUAGCACUGAUUUUUUUAUUGUUAAGUGGAAGAUUGUAUUAAAAUAAAUAAAACAAACAAAUGUACAAAAAAUGGUACCAACUUUUAUUUCCACAUGUAAAUUGAUGAAAUUGGUAAUAAAUACCUACUGCACAAUGCACAUCGAGGCUAACGAAUGACACAAAUUACAUUUACAUAUUUAAUAAAAUAUUUUGUGCUUCUAAAAAGUAUUUUCGACGCAUCUUUACAUAUAAGUUUUAUGAGUAUUUUAAACUAAAUCAGAACGGGUCCAGCUCGAACCAAACUUUUUAGUCUUGACUAAACUUGAAUGUCAAAUAAAACGAACACACGUUUAAAAAUCUACCAACUGUCAGCUUUCGUAAUUUUUUCGUAGUUUCAUAUUUUAAAACUCGGUAAUUAUGAAAUGCCUAUAUUAAAUUCAUUUUGGUGUAUAUUGUAUGUUAAUCUAGUUUAGCUUUAGUUUUUAGUGCUAAGUAUCACCUGUAAGGGUUAGAAUGUAUCAGAGUUGUAACAAAGGUUUAUUCCAAUUUGUUCGCCUGGGUGAUACAACUCAAGCCAUUC